AUGAAGAAUGCGUUGAAAAUCGGUGUUGAUGUGUCUACGUACGCAUCAUUGGAGUCAUUAAAAGAUCCCGGCGUAAUAGGUGAGAUCUCGAAGAAAGUCAUCGAUAUUUUAGAGAAAAAGGGACAGACAGCACGUUUGAGUGCUGUUGAGAAAGCUAGUAUAAACGCUGUUUCUCUUCUUUUGUCGAAAAAGAAACCAAGAACAAGUACAUUUCUAUCCGUUUAUUUAACAACAAACGUAUUAGAAUCGUUAUGCGACACAGUUGUGCCUACCGUUUCAUCUGAUGACAACGGUAUUGAAAGUGACAAUCAUGAAAGUCAAAACUCGUCAUCUGAUUCUCAUAAUCGACAAAUUUCCUUUUCGAUGCGCAAUGAAGUAAUUCAAGUAGAUGCGACGUUUGAAUAUUUGUUUGAUUAUUUCAAAUAUUCACUUUCAAAAAAUAGUGGAUCUAUGAACCUUGAGAAAAUUGUCUACGAUAUAUGUACUUACAUAUGCUUUUCUCGAGCUCAAAUGUUCGGUACAUGUUCGUGA